CUUGAACGUGAGUAUGGUAGAAUAGAGUGUGGUGAAGUUAACCUCGUCAGGCAACACUUUGCACGAGAGUAGUCAUUAUAUCGUAUAGUGAAACUGACUUUGCUAGUUCAGUCAUAACAAAUGAAGAGCUGAAAAAAUUUUCUAUGGUUGAUGGGGCUUUCUACUGAUUAUGUAUUAUGUUUUUUGCAGAAAAUGUUUCCUAGUAUUUUAAAACAGCUAAUUAGAAAUCGUACGGUAAUCAAACAAAGUUACUCCAGUUUCAAAGAUGUUUCUACAAAUGGUACUUCAAUAACACAAAUCCUAAAAAAUGAAAUUAUUCCCCUUAACACGGAUGAAAACAAGAAACUUGCGAACGACACUGAAGAAAAACUACCAACUACCAAAGAUCCAGGCGAAGCAAGUGUUGAGCUGUCAGAAACAGAUCGUGUCAGAGCCUUAAACCAGAGCACAGUGAGAGAUUAUAGCGGUGUUUACCCCUACAUCAGACAGGGAUCAAUAUUCGCAUCAUCAAUAAAUGACUCUGACUUCUUGAAAGAACUCCUUAAACUUGGAGUCAAUUUCUACAAAUUGGAAAAGAAUCUUGAAUCUAUUCCAUUUAUACAAGGUCUAAGAUUUGAAGAUGUUAAAGAUCACAUUAUAUUGUUGAAAGAACUUGGAUUAGAAACACAUGCCAUAGGAAAUGUUAUUACAAACAAUCCAUUUAUAUUGAAAGAAGACCUAGAAGACUUGAAUGUUAGAGUGAAUUAUCUACAAUACAAAAAAUUUACUAAUGCUAUGAUUGCCAGAAUAAUUGAGAAAAACCCUAACUGGUUGAGUCAGAGCACACAAGAAAUAGAUAAUAAAUUAGGCUUUUUCCAAAGUAAUUUCAAUCUAUCUGGAGAUGAAGUUAGACUUUUGGCAGUAAGUUGCCCCAGAUUGGUAACAUGGGAACUAGAAAAAGUGAAGUUAAAUAUAUUUGUACUAAAAGAAGAAAUGGGACUUCUACCAGAAGAAAUGAAAAAGGUUAUACUUAAGAAACCUAAAAUUUUCCUUAACGGGCAACACCGCCUCUUGAAAACGUUUGAUUAUCUACAUAAUACCAUGAAAAUAGCUAUUGAAACAAUAGUUGAAACACCAGAAAUACUAACAUGCAGGCAAACCAGACUGAUGCAGAGACAUAUGUUCCUUGAAAAGCUUGGCAGAGUACAGUAUAACCCUAAAAAACCAAAUUAUGUGGCUCUUACAACAUUGGUGUCAGGUACAGAUUCUCACUUCGCAACUGAAGUAGCGAAGUCAUCGGUAGCAGCAUAUAACGAGUUUUUAAAGAGUUUGUAAUGUAGAUAAUUUUUGAAAUGAUAAUAAAGUGUUUUUUUUAAUAUGAUCAA